GCGAGCCAUGGCAACUGCCAACGGCAGCGGCGGCUACGCUAGUGUGAAGCGUCCAGAACUACAGGCACUGAGCUUGGCGGAACGCAUAAGCUUCUUCUACUGCUCGUCCGUGCAAGACUUUAUGGGGGUAGCAAUCAACCCUUCCGAGUUUCUCGUCGCCCCAGACGAUGUGCCGUACUACCUUCAACUUCUCGAAAGCCCCGAUCGCGAGCAAUGGCUCAAGGCCGAAGCCGUCCUUAUUCCGUUUGCACAGGGAAGGGCCGUUCCCGAUGCAAACCAGCAUCGCCUUCUGGUCGACUUUGACAAGGCAUGUGUCCACAACAAACACCUCGUGGACGCUGGCGCGUUGCCUACCUACACGCAGCACCUCCUCCGCGCAAUGACGUCUCUGAAAGGGCUCAACUUUCAGUAUAUGGAACUUGAGAUGGUGGAGCGUCUGCUGGGCCAGCUCAACCGCGCGAUUACCAUGCUGUACUUGGUUGUGACGUUGAGCCCUCACGCGUCUCGACCAGCCAUGCAGCGAUCGUUGGUCGACAUCGGUCUCUUUCCCCCGCACCAGCUUCUCGUGGACAUUUUCGACUGUUUGCAAGUCCAUCAUGCGAUUCCUGGGUUUCCCAUCAAGCGACUCAUGUUGCUCGUGUACGUGUGGAUCACGACCAUUCUCGGAGACUUGAACGAACUGGACCGCCUCAAGGCAGCCCGCCGUCAACAUCACCACCUGGCGGUAGACGACAGCUCAAAAUGGACAUGCAAGAGCCUCAAGAAACCGGCGACAGUGCCCCUGGGCGACCCUGCCACGGACCCAUUGUACCCAACACGAGUGAAAACCCAAGCCGCGCGGGAUGCCAUCCAUGCCAAGUACCUCCAUCGCCCCCACGCAGACCUUUCGCCAGUCCCCCCCGCGUCAGUGGAUGCACUCAGCAGUGAUGACGUGGCGCCACUAAGUGAUGACCAAGCGUGGGGGGCCAGGGUCGAAUUGCUGUACAAACUGGUGCUCGUGCCCAAAUGGAAGGAGUACACGGGGCUGCUGGGUGCAAUCAUCACGACCAUGGCCGCUGGGAACGCCAUGGACAAGCGCGGAUACUUUUCGAAGCGGAAAUUUUCCGUCGACGAUACGGCCACCGGCGUCGGGUCGUCCAGCUCGGGCAGUUCGAACCCCGACGAGCAGUUGUAUUGGAACUGGAUGAACCGCGAAAAGGCUAUUGUGCUGGAUGUGACGUCGCUGGUGAUCCUGCACCUGCUCAAACACGUCCGGUCGUCACACUAUUUCAAGGGCGAACUGCUCGCGCAAGGGCUCGUGGAAGGCGCGUUGCUCCCCGCUGCUACCAAAUUUCUCAACAGAGACACAGCCACGUACGUCCAAGUUCGCGCCGAAGAUGCAUCUCACCAGCGCGUGGAGAUGCACCCCCCCAUGCAAAAGGCCGUCGCAGUGCUGGCGGACGACCCCUCGAUGGAGUACGCCCUCGCGCCCCUGCGCACCGUCACGAGUCUCCUGCGGAUCGUUCAACGACUGACCAAGCGCAAACCGUCGCUGAUCCGAGCCAUGUUGUGCCGCACCCAAUCGUUGGUGUGGCUCAAACGCGUACUCAACCUCCGUGACCCCACGAGUCGACUGUACGCGUUGAAACUGGUGAAAUCCCAGGGCCGGUACUUGGGCCAUCAGUGGAUGCGCAAGUUUACUUGUGUGCAUUUGCUCACGGAAGUGUACUUGCACGUCCGUCCGGAACUCGAAGACGACUGGCUCAAGAACGACGAAGACGAGGCGAGUCCGCUGGCGAAAGCGUCCGAGGCGCUGCUCCAAGGCGAAGUCCAUGCGUUCCAUCACAAGAAUUACUGGUCCAAGCCCCAGCCACCCGCGGCGCCAUCGUCCGGAGGUGUGAGCAUUGCCGUCCAGGGUCUGCUGGAUUUGCAGCAUGAUACCCUCGACGUGGACGGCGGCAGUGCGCGCAAACUUGUGGCCGACCUCAAGUUGGACGCGGCGUUGUGUGGCCAGUAUGAAAAGUGGCUCGAUGCGCGGGGAAUCACUAGUAGUAGUACAACGACUAGCACGUUUGCGGACGACGUCGUCGCGCCUUGGCCGAUUGCAUUUCAUUAACACUCUCGACUAACUACUAACUAACGUUACCUACGAAUCCAA